GCGCUCGAGUCCAGAAUCGCGGAGCUCGGGGCGGAGCUCAGGAAGACCCUGGGGGUGCACGAGGCGGCGGCCCAGCAGACUGUGGCCCUGGCGGGCACGGGCGCGACGGGGGAGGCAGACGACAAGCUGAGGGGCGAGCUGGUCGGGCGGCUGGCCCUCGAAACGCCGAUCCUCGCGGCGGGCCUGGCCGCGGAGCAGGGGAGCGCGGUCGUUCCCUGCGUGCCGACGCUGGGCAGGCAGCGGCGCAACACGGCGGCGCACGUCUUCAGCGCCGUCACGGUGAUCCAGAAGGUCAGCCUCGGCACGUUCGUGGAGUUGACGCACGUGACGGCGCCCGCCUUCGUUUUCGCCGCCCUGCUGGAGCUGGUCUUCAUCCUUGUGGGCA